AUGGCAAAUAACGCCUCAACCUGCGCGGAAAGGGCAACCAGCGACAUGCUGAUAGGCCCAGAUUGGGCAGUUAACGUAGAGUUGUGUGAUAUCAUUAAUGCGGACCCCAGGCAAGCAAAAGAUGCAAUAAAUAUACUUAAGAAGCGCUUAAACAAUAAGAAUUCCCAGAUCCAACUUUUAGCUCUUUUUGCAUUAGAGACCAUUAGUAAAAAUUGUGGUGAAAACGUAUUCCAUAUCAUACAGCAGGAUAUCUUGCAGGAAAUGGUUAAGAUAGUGAAGAAGAAGCCAGCCUUAAACGUGAGGGAAAAGAUACUGAUAUUAAUUAAUACGUGGCAAGAAGCUUUCGGGGGUCGAACUGGAAGGUAUCCCCGGUACUAUGCAGCAUAUAAUGAAUUAAAGUCUGCUGGAGUUGAAUUUCCACCUCAAGAAGAGAAUAGCGUACCAUUUUUCACUCCUCCUCUAACCCAGCGAACUGUUGACUCUGUUGAACAAUAUGACGAUGCUGGUGUUCAGGCUUCUCUUCAGUCAGAUGCUUCUGGCCUUAGUUGGCCAGAUAUUCAAAAUGCUCGAGGACUGGUGGAUGUGCUGACAGAAAUGCUUAAUGCCUUGGAUCCUUAUAAUCCUGAGGGUGUAAAGCAAGAAGUGAUUGUUGAUCUUGUUGAUCAAUGCCUUGCUUAUCAAAAACGUGUCAUGGUUCUUGUGAACAAUACAUUGGACGAGAAGCUUUUAGGUCUAGGGCUGGCAUUGAACGACAGCCUGCAGCGAGUUCUUCGUCGACAUGAUGAUAUUGCAAAAGGAACUCCUAAUAAGGGUGCAAGAGGAGAAGGAACUUCGGUUCUGCCAGUUUUGCCACUCGAGAACGUAAACCAUGAGGACGAUGAAUCAGGAGAUGAUUUUGGCCAACUCGCCCACCGCUCUUCAAGAAAUAGCCAUGCACAGAGCAAGAAGCCAGCCAAUGACAAGACAUUGCCAGUGAGAGUAAGUCCACUUCUUCCCCCUCCACCAGCUCCAAGGAAGCCGGUCUUCCAUGACUCUGGGAUGAUUGACUAUCUAAGCGGUGAUGCAUACAGAACAUAUGGUUCCUCUGUGUUCAAGGACCCCACAUUUUCAGUUCCAUAUGAUUCUAGCCCUAAUCCCAUCUCAUCAACGACUCCUAAUCAUGUCCCGAGUACCUGGGGGCCUGAUUUUGACAGAGAGCCUGUGUAUGAUGAAGAAACAUCUUCCGUAAGCAAAUCUUCAGAAAGCCUUGCUCCACCUCCCGGGGACAAACAAUCUCCUUGGGUCCUUCCACCACCACCACCUUCAAGUUAUAAUCAGAGACAAAACCCGUUUGACCAUCAAGGUUCGUCUCGUUUGAUUAAGGGGUCCAGUUCCUCCUAUGACAGUUUGGUUGGACAAACACAGAAUCUGUCUCUGAAUGAAUCUACCUCAACCAAUAAAGAGACGCCAUAAGAUACCAAUUUCAAAGAUCCAAUCGACCUUGCAAAAUCCAAAAGCUCAUCUCCUUCCUAUCCUGAUAGGCAAUUUAGAAGGAUGUUCUUCAGGUUUUGCCUCAUUACCGAGCUGACCUUCUUAUGGUUGUCACUGGAUCCGUCCGAUUUGUCCGUGUGUACCUAGUCUACUCAUUCAAAUUCAUAUCCUCAUGUCUAUUGUUCACUGUCAAUAAUAUUGGAUUAUUAGUAUUUCUAUUAAUGUUACAUGGCACCUCGAACGGUUAGUGCUAGUUGUUAGGAGGUU